UUUUUUUUUCAGGAUUGCAGCCUUCAUCAGUGUGAAGAAUGGGAGCAGUACCAGCACCUCUCCUUGUUAUACUUCUUCUUGGUCAAGUCUUGCAGUUUAUAAUCUGCUAUGAUGUUUUUAUCGACGAGAAGCAGGCCUUUCAGGUUAUCCGAGCGAAGAGGGCAAACUCACCUUUUGAGGAGUUAAAAAGAGGAAAUCUGGAGAGAGAGUGCGUGGAGGAGAUCUGUGACAAUGAGGAGGCUCGAGAGGUGUUUGAGGCCGAUGAUAAAACCAGUGCAUUUUGGGACACAUACUUAGCUUGUUCGGGCAACACAGUAAAGCGCAAUGUGGAUACUGUCAGAGGAAUUCGAACUUGUAUAGAUCAUAAAGGUCUCUGCUACGUUGAUACUGGCGAACACUACAACGGUAACAUGAAUGUCACUAUGUCUGGAAAGUCAUGCCAAUACUGGAAAAGUAACUUUCCUCACAAAAUCACUGAAGUCAAUGCAACGAUACUGGACCUGCCAGAGAACUUCUGCCGAAAUCCAGAUAAGAGACCCACUGGACCAUGGUGCUACACCAGUGACCCCACUGUCAGGACUGAGAAAUGCGCAGUGCCGAAAUGUGGUGAGACAUUACCCUCUAUCCCAGGAAAAAACAGUACUGUGUUGUACCAUCAAACUAACUGUUUGCAGGGCAAUGGGGAGAGCUACACUGGAACGCUCUCUGUGACUAUGCAUGGUCACACCUGCCUGGAUUGGAACCAUGCCAAAGUUAAAGCUAAAAGUAAGAAUUUCAACCGAGAGGUUAUUCUGUUGAAAAAUUACUGCAGGAACCCAGAUGGAGACCUAGAGGGACCAUGGUGCUACGUGAACGAGGCAGGAAACAUCACCAUGGACUACUGUAACUUGGAACUGUGUGAUGCUCCUUUGGAAGGGGUGAUAGAUGAAGCCAGUGUUCAACAAAGAACUGUUGUAGCCAAAAGGGACAUUUUUUUUAACCCACGCAGCUUUGGCCAGGGAGAGUUGGAAUGUGGCGAGCGGCCCCUGUUUGAGAAAAUUCAGAAAGAUGACAAAACAGAAAUCGAGCUCCUCAAAUCCUAUGAAAAAAGAAUUGUACACGGGGAGAACGCAGAAGUCGGAAGUGCACCAUGGCAAGUCAUGCUGUAUAAGCGAUCUCCUCAGGAGCUGCUGUGCGGAGCCAGUUUGAUCAGUGACGUGUGGAUCCUUACUGCUGCACACUGCAUUCUUUACCCACCGUGGGGCAAGAACUUCACCAUUAAUGACAUUCUUGUGCGACUUGGAAAAUUUGAGCGGGCCAAGUAUGAGCAAGGCAUAGAGAAGAUUGUGGCUAUUGAUGAGAUCAUCAUCCAUCCUAAGUAUAACUGGAAAGAGAAUCUGAACAGAGAUAUUGCUCUGCUGCACUUGAAGAAACCUGUCUCCUUCACCAAUGUGAUCCACCCCAUCUGCCUUCCCACGAAGAAUGUCGUAAACACUUUGAUGUCAGUGGGCUUUAAGGGUCGUGUGACAGGCUGGGGGAACCUGAAAGAGGCAUGGACAUCUAGCCCUCAAAACCUUCCUGCAAAACUGCAGCAGAUCCACUUGCCGCUCGUGGAUCAAGAAAUCUGCCGAAGAUCCACAUCCAUUCGUAUUACAGACAACAUGUUCUGCGCGGGUUAUAGCGCUGACGAUAGUAAAAGAGGUGAUUCGUGUGAAGGAGACAGUGGUGGACCUUUUGUCAUGAAGAAUCCUGAAGAUAAACGCUGGUACCAGAUUGGUAUCGUGUCAUGGGGUGAGGGCUGCGACCGGGAUGGAAAAUAUGGAUUUUACACUCAUUUGUUCCGUAUGCGCCGCUGGAUGAAGAAGAUCAUCGAGAAAUCAGAGAGUGCUGACGAUGACUAAUGUUCUUAUGAAGAUACUGAGAGCUCCAAAAUCAGAUCUCUUUCUAAAGUUGUGUUCACCUGCCAAUAAAAUGUAAUUAUUGUCAAAGUGUUUCUCCUGGUGGUGACGGUAUUUGUGAUGGUUAUGCAUUUAUGAUCAUUGUAUUAUGAACACUGUACUGCAAAUAUUGCAGAUAAAUACUAAUUUGUAAAUUAAUGCACGCAAAUAAACUAACAAAUGAGAAAUAAA